AUGGCAGAUAGCAGCAAAGAUCUUCUUCAAUUCGAACACAAGAAAUCGUCUCUUUCUCCUUUAGAAACCGCUCUUCUUGUUUGUGAUAGCAAUAAUAAUAACAAAAAAGAAUCAAACACGAGAUUACCCACUCAUCCAACGCCCAUCACCGCUCCACUUCCUCCCAGCCAACUUUUAGGAAAGGUUAAAGACUUCCUAGGAGUGAUGUCAGAAGCAAAUAAAAAACUGGAAAAUGAUGCUAAGGACAAUCCGGAGAAAUAUGAUAUUGAAGAACUAGUUGGAAAUGAAUCUGAAGUUAUUGAAAUGGAUUUGAUGCUUGGUGUUGCCGAUCUUCAUACACCUGAAGCUGUGGCUGCUGCAGAGUCAGCUAUUUCGAGUCGUCAGCGGGUGAUUUCUUUGCCUGGUGAUGGCAGCGAAAUAGAUUCAGACGAAGAAAGUAGUGACGAUGAUGAUGUUGGUAAAAUUGAUAGAAAUGUUGAUGGCUUUGAUUGUGGAAACGAUGGUAAAAAGUCUUCUUCAUCCCUUGAUCAAAAACCGGUUUCUGUUAAAGAUGAUAUUCCUGAAAAACAGAAUGGAAAUUGUCGUCGGUCCAAAAAACGUCCAGCUAUUGUUGAGCUACCAUGA